UUCUCUCUCUUCAAUUUAGAGAAAGAGAUGAGAAAACAAAACUACUCCCUUGAGGGCUCAAAAUUCAUUUGGGUUUGUUUCUUUUGUUUACUCUUUAAUCAAAGAGGGAAUAGGGAAAUGAAAAAAUGCUUUGGGUCUUGGGAUUUCAUAUUCCUAAUUCCUUAAGCUUUCCAUCAAUUUUUCCAUCUUCUAGUACUAGUACUACACACCCAAACCAGUGUCCUGUCUCUCUUAUAACAUCCAAUCAUUCUCUAUCCUUGACUGUAUUUUCUUUUUUGUUUUGUUUUUGUUUUUGUUUUUUGUUUUUUGUUUUUUUUUUUAAAUUUAAUUUAAAAGGUGAAAAGACCCAUUUGAAGACUUGGGCAUGUUCAAUUGGAGAGAAAAAGAAGAAGAAGAAUCAGAAGAAGAAGCCACAAAUCCAGCAAGUCUUGUUUAUGGAUUGGGGUUGGGGAAAAUUUUCUGGGGAACCCAUUUUCCCAGAAAACAAACAGAACCCACCCUCAAGUUUCUCUGACUCGAUUGGCUCCAACAAGGGUUCGAGCCAAGAAAGUUCUUCCUCUCAUGGAUCCUCUAAAAGGAUUCGUUUACUCCAUGGAAGCCAAAACCAGACGUGUUUGGUUGAUGGUUGUGACACUGACCUCACCAAUUGCAAGGAUUAUCAUCGACGCCAUAGGGUCUGCGAUUCCCACUCCAAAACCCCUGUUGUGUUGGUAAGAGGAGAGGAGAAGCGAUUCUGUCAACAGUGUAGCAGAUUCCAUUCGCUUGGUGAGUUUGAUGAGGUGAAGAGGAGCUGUAGGAAGCGGCUUGAUGGGCAUAAUCGGCGUAGGAGGAAGCCUCAGCCUGAAUCAUUGUUUAUGAGUUCAACGGAUUUUCUGUCAAAUUGUAAAGGUCCAAUUGUGCUGCAGUUCAGUGAUCAACAGAUUCAUCAUGUGCCUGAUGAACUUGGUAGGAGUUUAUGGCCUGUAAGAACUGAAGGUGAAGAGAAAUCUUCAAUGGUUCCACCAAAUUCCUCUGCUUACUUCAGUUAUGGAAGAGGAGACAACAAACAGUUGCCUUUUUUCCUGCACAAAAAUGGCACAAGGCAAGGCAAGCAAAUGGUUUCUUCUCAGUUGUCUUUCAAUCAGCAACUUCCUGAUGUAAUCUCUCAGGGGAGUGAGAUGGGCAACCAGAAACCAGUGCCCACUGAUACUUCACUCGAGGAUUCAGGUUGUGCUCUCUAUCUUCUGUCAUCGCACCAGGUGCAAGCUCAUCCAGAUGCUGGCUUGAGCACUUUGGUUCAGUCCCAUCUGAGUGUUCCAAUCCAAACUCACGAGACUGAGCUGGAUUUCAGCAGUCCAAGUGAUUUCUCUGGCUCCUUUGGCUCCAAGGACAAGCCUGUUUGCAAAACUAACCUUCAUAGUGAGUCAGUUCUUGAAAUGGAGGAAGAAUCUGAUGGCUUGUUCCGAAGGGAGGCUCCACACAAGUUUCCCAUUUAUUGGGAGUAGUUUGCUUCAGUGAACUUGUUUGUUUUUUUGUGGCUUUAGUCAAAGACUUCUUUUGAAUUUGAACAUCUGUGUUCUGUGAUUGUAGACAGCGAAUGUAUUUUGCUGGUUUAUUUUGAGUUUCCAUAACUGCUUUGACAUUAUCAUUUACACUAGGAGUCUCUCCGCAUUGUUAGCACGUUACAAUAUCUUCGUGCCAUUUUGGUAACAAACGGCGAGGGAUCCUGGUGAUGAUUGUUUUUCUGUUUGGCUUCUAGACUUGUUUCUUGGAUCAUGUUUUCUUUGCAAGUUCCUGUGUUCUUACACAUCCUUGAUCA